AUGCUCUCUGUGCUCCUCGGCGGCUACCUGACCGCCUACCCUCCGCUGCCUCUCCCACCCGCAACAGCAGCAGCCCCGAGCCCGAGCGCGCGUCUCCCGGCUCCCUUCCCUCCUCGCCUCAGGCACGCGUCCCCCCUCGUCGCCCGACGGCGCGCGGUAGGGGUGGGGGAGGCGUUGAGCGCGUCAGCCGCCGCGGAGGGCGAUGACGAGUACGAAGCGGAGCUCCAGGAGGAAGGGUUCCCGAGCUGGACGGGCGGCGGCGGCGAGGAGGACUACGACCACGACCCCGAAAUCGGAGACAUUAUGGGGGACUAUUUCGACAACCCCAAGAAGGCCCAAACCCGCAUGGAGGAUAGGAUAAGAAUGAAGCGCCACAAGAUCGUGCAAACAAAGACCGGUUCUCCAAACCCGAUGAAAGUUGUCUUCAACAAAUUUGACUUCUCCAAUUCAUAUAUAUGGUUCGAGUUCUACAAUGCUCUGUUGCCAAAAGAUGUUACAUUAAUUUCUGAUUCUCUGCGAUCAUGGCAUAUAGUAGGCCGUCUUGGUGGUUGCAAUUCUAUGAAUAUGCAGUUAUCGCAGUUGCCUUCAGAUUGUAAAAGGUCGACUUAUGAUGCUCUUGAAGGAGCUAACGUCACUCCGACGUCCUUUUAUAAUAUUGGUGAUCUUGAGAUUCAAGAUAAUCUAGCACGAGUAUGGGUAGACAUUGGUAUUCAUGAGCCAUUGCUUCUGGACAUGCUGCUUAAUGCCUUAACAACAAUAAGCUCAGAUCAUGUUGGUAUUAAGCAAGUACAGUUUGGAGGGUUAGAGUUUUUGAACUGGAGUGAGGACUUGAAAACAGAAGAAGUUGGAUAUAGUGUGUGCAAAAUCUAA